GUUCUCUUGCUCUCCGUCAACCAUGAACUCACGAGGAUCGGGGAGCUCAACUGCCUUGAGGCGACUUAUGACUGAGUAUCAGCAACUGACAUCAGGAGGCUCUCCAGAUGGCAUGUUCACUGCUGGCCCGAUCUCCGAGUCCGACUUCUUCACCUGGGAGGCUUUGAUCUGUGGGCCCAAGGACACGCCGUUUGAGGGCGGUGUGUUUGCGGCGAAGUUGACCUUCCCAUCCGAUUAUCCUCUAUCUCCAUUCAAGAUGAAGUUUGAGCCCCCACUCUUCCACCCGAACAUCUAUCCCGAUGGCAAUGUCUGCAUAUCGAUCCUUCACACACCAGGUGAAGAUCCGCUGAUGUACGAGCAAGCUUCUGAGCGCUGGAGUCCCGUGCAAAGUGUCGAAAAAGUCAUCCUCAGCGUCAUUUCUAUACUUGCCGAACCGAAUUUAGAGAGUGGUGCCAACAUUGAUUGUUGCAAGCUUUAUCGUGAUAACAAGGCGGAAUACGAAAGGAUAAUCCGGGAAUCUAUCAAGGAGCAACUCGGUUUGUAA